AUGGACAUAAACAGCUUUCAACCGACUGGAGAUGAAAGUAAGAUCGAACCAUCGACCGCAACGGGUAUAGCACGAGGCCCGGAACGCGCUUUCCGGCUCGAUGGACCAGGCUAUCUCGGAUCACGUCCGUAUCUUGAAUAUAGAGCAAAACCAGCGCGUGGAAUUGGCAAAGAUGGUGAGAUAGUCUGGUCCGACGAAAUUGAACAUGCGUUUCAACAAGCCCUCAUGGAAAGGGACUCACAGCAAAGGCAACAGGGGACGAAGGACGGGCCUGGGCGUAAUGAGUUCAUCGCUAAACACAUUGAGCGAUUGACUGGGAAGACGCGUACGAACAAGCAAGUCAGCAGUCAUAUUAGACAUCUUGAUUCUUUCCUCAAAGGCGACCCAGAUUGUAAGUUGGAAGGACUCAUCCAAAGAAACGACCACAGAAAGAGAACUGAACUUUACAUCAUUGGGCAGGGGAAAGACUAG